UUCCAGGGGUUUGGAGGGCAGGGAAAGAGAACCUUGAAAAAUGCCCAGAAAUAACCACAGUUUGCUUUUGUCUCAUAGCCAGUGGAUAAUCGGCAAGCCAUGGUCCGGAGGGAAUCAGUCAUCAACUUGGAAAAUUUCAAAAAGCAGUAUGUCCGAAGGCGGUGGAAGCUUUCAUUUAGCAUCGUCUCACUGUGUAACCACCUUACCCGGUCCCUGAUGAAAAAGGUCCAUUUGAAGCAGGAAAACGAUUUGAGAAAUUGUGAGAGUGAUACAGAGGAAGACAUCGCCAAGAGGAGAGUGCUUCACCCCAGGAGGAGAAGCAGCACUUCCUAGUCUAGCCCAGUUCCCCUCCUGGUAGGGAAACCCAGGUCCCUUUGGAGAACUCCACCAUCCCAGCGUGGUUUACAAUCUGUGGACACUCACGGGCCUCCAACGACAACCAGCACCCACUGAGCCUUUGAGAGGGAGCCUACAAGGUGCUUACUCUCUUAAGAAGACUUUGGCAGGGAGGAAGACUUAAUAGAUUCUGGAGGUGUCCUCCUGUUGAAGCUCUGAGCCAAUCAAGGCCUCUGCUUAAGAGCUUAAAGCUCUUAAUUGUGAUUAAGAAGGGCUCACACCAGUUUGCCAGCCCUCAGAACCAAUGGGUAAGGUCUAUGGGCCUUUGUGAGAUUUUUUUUAUUUUUGUUUUUAUUUUUUAUUUUUCAAGUUUCAACGUGGUGUUCACAUAAGGCAUCACAGGUAAAGAGGAGUCUACUGGGCUGCUGAGAGAGCUGAGAAGAAGCCCUAGGCAUCUUUAAGUCCUGUUUGUCAUCUUUAAAAGUAUAUACAUUCUUCAGUGAAAUUGGUGGAUUCAGAACAUUAAUGAGAGAUGACUGAUAGGCAGAAGGAAUAAUAGAGGUCCAAGGAAUCCUAUUCCUGGGAGAGAAGAAUUACUGGAUUUCUGUUUGGGUCUACUGGAUGGAGGAAGGCCAAUAUCCUAAGACCAAGAGAUCUGCAAGAGAAAUAAGGGAAUAAAUCCUGCUUAUCCACAGAGUUUGGACAAGGUUGUGGGGGAGGGGUAGAAGCCAAGAAAAUUUGGGAGCUAAGGCCUGCACAAGAAAGGCCUGUAACAUGGAAGGAGAGUCCAUCCAUAAAUGGCUGUCUUCCUGGGCUUUCUUGUUGGUAUCAGUAUGGGAGUGAAAUGAGUUCUCAUUUGGUGGCCUGACUUCUCGUGGGAGGAAAACACCCUCUGGCCUUCAAGGAUCAGGAAAAAGAUCAAGAAUUUUUUUUUAAAUUUGUUACAUGUUAAGCUCAUAUUCAGCCUGAGGGUAUGAAUGAUCAGUAUAGCAAGCCUUCUCCAGACAUCUGUGCCAUUCCUUCCAAUAUUGGGAUGAGUGAGUUUUUAGAGAAGGCAAAAGUGUGGGUUCAGGGAGAGAGUGGGCCACACUGACAGAAGAAAAUAAAGGGCAGUGUUAAUUUUUUUUCACCUUGAUACUUCAGUCCUCAUGAGGACACAAGUAGAGACCUAUUGGCAACAAUAGAAAAGGUAGAUAGAGAUAUUUGGAUACUGCCUUUCAACUCAGCUUGACUGGGACCCAGGUAGGAGAGCCUAUGAAAGUCCAGAACAAGGAGUAAGGGAGAGAAGAUAUGAGAGGGAUAAAGAAAGAGGAAUA